AUGGCGCCGAGGGACAUCGAGAUCAAAGCAAAUACCAUCGAUGAUGCAGCAGGAGAGAUACUCCGUAUUUUGGAGGGUGUGAGCAAACACGAACGAAAUAUCUACUUCCAUGGAUGGGGUGGACUUGGAGCAUCCGCUACUCUGAGAAUGGUAGCCCAACGCUUGAAAUCAUCAGCCACUGAAGAAAUGAAGUUUGACAAGGUUGUUCAUGUGGAUUGCUCAUUGUGGCAAGGAAUGAGAGCCCUGCAAAAGGCAAUUGUUGAGGAGCUGGAGCUUCCCCAAUCGGUGAUGGCCAUAUUCGACCAGCACGAUGAGGAGGAUGAUUUCGAUGGGAUAGACCAAGGCUCCAGAGGGGUGAUAUUGGAGGUCACAGAGGAGAUCUUCAGAAAGCUUGUUAACAGUACAUUUGUUGUGAUUUUUCACAACGGGAGUGGCCACUACAUUGAUUUGUACCAGUGUGGUGUCCCUGUAACAAUAUUUUUGAGUAACAAGGUGUUGUGGACCUGGGGCAGGAGGCUCCGACUCAUUGACAGAUCUGAUGUUGAUGAAGUCCAUAAAACUCCGACUGAGGCUGAUAUUGUCGUGAGAGGUCUAGAAUUUAUGGGAAAUAUAUUGCAUGAAGAGGCCGCAGAGGUUGCUAAGUACAUUGGUAUUCUUGAGCCUGACAGAAUAGUUGAGUGCCUCCAGUACAUCUGGGCAAGAAGAUGUGUCAGCAGUAUCGACUGGGAAACGCAUGCUUCAAACUAUUGGGUAUGUGAUGGGAUUAUACAAGAGCAAGACAAUAUAUCUGGAUGGAAGGUUGGUGAUGCUCUGCACAGACUCAUACACUUGGAUUGGAUGAAGGAGGUAGAUAAUCCCUACCGAAAGGUCACGAGUCUUCGAACUUAUCAAAAAAAAGAAGAUAAUCCCUAUGCAAAUUGGAUUGAUUCUUCCCUUUCCAGUUCUAAUGACCGUUGGGUUUCCGCCACACACCAAGCCCUGCUACAUGAUAUUGAUGUUCUUCCUCCUCAGGCGACAUCCUUCUUCCUCCUAGCUGGUGGCAAGGUGAUAUUACCAGCUGGCAUUUUCCCAGACAACAAUAGGUUGCGUGUGCUACAUCUAUCUUGGUGCACCUUCAGUUUUACAUUGCCUCCCUUCCUCUGUUGCAGCCACCUAAGAUUCCUCUUGUUGGACCAUUGCACAGAUGUAAAAGAGGAGGAGCAUCAAAUCAGUAACCAAAAUGGAUCAUGUUUCCAAAAGCUAUGGGUGUUGGACCUGAGGAAUACAGACUGGUACUCAAACACAAUGAUGUGUUUAAUGGAUGAACUCAGGGAGCUGAAUGUGGAUGGAGUCAAGGAUUGGAUGAGCAUAGUUGAACUAUGUGGCAGUAGAGAUAGACUUGUCAAGCUCCGAGUUGCAGCUGGCCCGGACUAUGUAACAGAAAUAAUCAUGCACCAGCCAGCUCCUAACAUAUCCAAUGCCAGCCACCUUAAGAUAAUAAUCCUUGAGAAUUGUGUUGGAUUGGAACAAGUUGUCCCCGAGGUUCUGCCCCCAUUGCUUGAGUCAUUUAGUUUCAUCGUCACUAAUGUUGCUAUUCCUAAGAUAUCUAGCAUCUCCUUCCGGGGCCGUGCCAAAUUGAAGAGUAUGCUGCUAAGAGGCGUGAUGAAGAACCUCCAGGAGCUGGACCUCUCAGGAACAUCGAUUAAGACCCUUGACCUCAGAGAAGUUGUAGCACUGAACCUCAAGCGGAUCAUCCUAUUGGGUUGUGAGAAGCUGCAAGCAAUACAAUGGCCACCACCUUUCGAAAUGGCAAUCUUGGAGAUGAUACACAUUGAAACCAUCCGAUCUAGAUCAGCAUCUGGCCAUGCUAAUUGGGAAGAAAAGGCCAAGGAGACUAGUGCUGCUACAGGGUCAUCAUGUAUUGUUGCAAUCGCUGCUACAAGUCCAGCUCCAACCUUUGAUUACUACAUUUCUGUAAGGGAUGCAAGACUCCUUAGGUCGCUAAGGCCCAUCAUAGUAUGUUUCAACUGUUGUAGAGGAGUGAGAGGACCUUUUACCUUACUAGAUAUCGACUUCUCUACAAUGUCCGAAGAAGAUUCUGACUUAGGUGGACAUAUAGAGAUAGCUUAUGUUCCUGCAAAUAGCAUUGUUGUUGGUGAUAGCGGAUGUGGUCAAGGAAUUAGACAACUUGAUCAUUAUUUAUAUGAAAGAGAUAUCACGUUUCAAGACCACCUGCAUGCUGUUGCUGCUAAUGAAGGUGCAAUCUGCUGGAUGUGGGCUAGCCCGCCUGCUGUUGUCGCCGAAGAGUUAACGGGCUGGUAUAUCCGCAUACAAGAUGAAGAGGAGAUGAAGAGUGAAUUACUGCAGAAUCAGAGCAGGACCCAAGGAACUAGUGCUUUAAUCCCUGGUUAUAUAUGUGAUCGUGCUAAGAAGCUGCAUGUGCAUGACAGCUUGUCCAUCACUAGCAUCCCAUUCCCAUAUGUUAUGGUUUUCCCAUAUGAUUUUAUAGAUUGGCGCUCUAUUGUUAGACAAUCCUGGAGCCACCUUGGAUGGUGUCAGAUUGAGAGGUGCCCCAACCUAAGCUCUGUCUUUGCUACUCCCACCUUGGAUGGUGAUGAGGAAAUCCAUUCUAAUGGGUUUGAAUGCUUUCGUCAGUUGAACACGUUCUGGGCAUCCCAGCUCCUGAAGGCACGCUUCAUCUGGAUGUGCAGCACAAUGUUCCUACCCAAUAAUAAUUCCUUUCAAAACCUAACCUUCUUGCACCUGGACUAUUGUUCGAGGCUCAUACAUGUUCUCCCCUUAUCCGCACAUAUGACUACCUUACCUCAAUUAGCAACCCUCGAGAUCGUGUGUUGUGGCGAUCUCAUGGAGAUCUUCCCUUUGGACCCUGAGCGCCAAAAGAAGCAAACAAUUAUAUAUUUCCCCAAGCUGAAGCGCAUCCACCUGCAUGAUCUCCCUAGGCUCCAGUGCAUAUGUGGGAGUAAGAUGUUAGCGCCAAAGCUCGAGACUAUCAAGAUAAGGGGCUGCUGGAGCCUCAAGCACUUGCCUGCCGUUGCCAAGCAAUACCCCGAGGUGGACUGCGAGAAUGAUUGGUGGGACAACUUGGAGUGGGACGAGGGGGAUGCGAACCACCACCCUUCGCUCUACAAGCCAAGGCACUCGAAGUACUACAAGAAGGCCCAGCUGCCGAGAGGCACCGUACUCAGGUAA